AUGGAUCCUUUUGCCGAUCGCAACGCGGCGGCAGCAAGCGCGUCGUCGCCCGCCACCCCGGCCACGCCGGGCACGCCCCUCGUCGGCGGCGGCUCAGAGGUGCGGCGCACGCCCUCGACCAGCUCCUCGGGCGGAUCCAGCAUCCUCGCCUACGCCACAUCGACCGGCAGCGCCAUCGGGGCGGGACGGAGACCGCUCACGCCCCUCGCACACCAAGACUUUGGCAUCGCACCGCACCGAGACUACUUCACCGCCGGUGCCGGCGCUGGCGAUGGCGACUACUUUGCCUCGACGCCCGGCCGCCAGUCGAGCCGUCCGGCGUCGUCGGGCGCGCCCAGCGAGUCGGGCAUCUUGAGCCCGGGCCGUAGCACCAACGCCAUGCACACGCCGCGCCGCUUCAACCUGCUCCAGUCGUACACGUCUAGCUCGGCGUCGUUCCGCUUCCGCUCGCAGCAGUGCUUUGAGCCCAUCGUCGAGAAGCGCAGGCCGGCCUUCAGGUCGAGGCGGCUCAAGCCCGAAGAAAUGGACCAGACCGACGACCUCUGGACAAAGACGCCGGCGGGCAGGAGGGCCAAGCGCAACAACUACCUCGUCCUCCUCAUUGGGAUAACGCUCGGCGUCCUCGCCGCCGCGGGCGUCAUCGUCGAGGGCUACCUGGGCGUCCAGAAGCACAACUACUGCCUCGUCCUCGAGGACAACUUCGACGGGCCCCUCGACACCAGCGUGUGGCAGUACGAGCAGGAGACGGGCGGCUUCGUCGCCGAAGAGUUCCAGUGGACCACGACGUCGGCCAACAACAGCUUCACCGACGACGGCAAGCUCUACAUCGUGCCCACCCUCACCUCGGACGCCCUCGGCGAGGGGGCCAUCGUCGACGGCUACACGCUCAACCUGACGAGCGCCGGCACGUGCACGGCGCGCAACCGGACCGACGACUACUGCGCUGUCGCUUCCAACUCGACGACGGGCGUCGUGCUGCCGCCCGUCCAGAGCGCCCGGCUGACGACCCAGGGCACGCGCUCCAUCAAGUACGGCCGCGUCGAGGUGCGCGCGCGCAUGCCCACCGGCGACUGGAUCUGGCCCUCGAUCUGGCUCGGCGCGCGCGACGAGGUGUACGGCGCCUGGCCAAAGUCGGGCGAGAUCGACAUCGCCGAGUCCAAGGGCAACGCGCCCCGCCACCGCGGCGACAAUGUGGCAAACGCCCUCACCAGCCGCCUCCAGUGGGGUCCCGACAAGGACCACAACGGCUGGUGGCGCUCGACGGGCAUCUCGAAGCUGUGGAACUACUACUACGACACGCGCUACUACACCUUUGGCGUCGAGUGGGACGAGACGUCGGUGUGGACGUGGCGCGGCAGCCGGGCGCGCAAGACGUUUGAGCGCCGUUUCGACCGCGACAUGUGGUCCUCGGGCCGCUUCCCCUCGUGGUCCAACAACGGCACCGCCAUCACCAACCCCUGGCUCGGCGCCGCCCAGCCCAACAUUGCCCCCUUUGACCAGGACUUUUACCUGGGCAUCAAGGUCGCCGUCGGCGGCACCGACGGCUACUUUAGCGACGACGACAGCGCGACGCCCAACAAGCCCUGGUCCAACUCGGCGUCCAACCCGCGCUCCGACUUCUGGAACAACCGCAACGACUGGCUGCCCACCUGGCCCAAGGACGUCAAGCAGCGCGGCCUCGCCAUCGACUAUGUCAAGAUGUGGCAGAAGUGCUAG